AGCAAGCCAAGCUAUUAACCCCGAGUCUUCUACACUUGCCAUGGCGCGACGAACGUCGACGCUCGUCCAUGCCGUUCUCCUCCUCGCCGUCGUCGCGGCGGUCGCGCUCCCGCUCGCCGCCGCCCAGCCGUGGGCAACCUGCGGAACCGGCGGCACGGGCACGUACGAGCAGGGGAGCGAGUACGAGUCCAACCUCCAGAGCAUCGCGCUCAGCCUCCGCGACCAGGCCUCCCGGUCGUGGAUCCUCUUCUCCACCAGCUCCCUCGGCGCCGCCCCGAACACGGUGUACGGCCUCCUGCAGUGCCGCGGCGACGUCAGCCAGUCGGCCUGCGCCGAGUGCGGCACCAGGGUCCGGAGCGACGCCGGGCCGGCCUGCCGCCGCACCAGGGACGUGGCGCUCGUCUACGACGAGUGCUACGCCCGCCUCUCCGACAGCGACGCCUUCCUCGCAAACAAGGAGGGCCCCGGCCUGGAGACCCGCCUCGUGAGCGGCACCAACAUCAGCAGCGCCGACGUCGCCGGCUACAACCGCGCGGUCACGGAGCUGCUCACGGCCACCGUGCAGUACGCCGUGGUGGACGACACGUCGAGGAAGAUGUUCGCGACGGGGCGGCGCGUCGGGACCGACCCGGGGUUCAGCAACAUCUACUCCACGGCGCAGUGCGCGUUCGACAUCACGCUGGAGUCGUGCCGCAGGUGCCUGGAGGGGCUCGUCGCCGGGUGGUGGGACAUGUUCCCGCGGAACGCGGAGGGCGCCAGGGUCGCCAGCGACAGGUGCCACCUGAGGUCCGAGGUGGCGCCGUUCUACAACGGUGAACCGAUGGUGCUGCUGCACGAGUAAAUUAAGGAUAUGGCGUCCCGCCGGCCGGCGUACCUGCCGGCAAGCUGGAAUAAAAUGGGGCGGUGCACCACUUCACCAAAAAUAUCGUAUAGUCAAUAAACCUACAUGGCUGCAUGCAUGGAGGAUAUCUAUAUAUGCCUAGCUGUAACCGAAUUACAGUGUAUCAAGUAAAACGGUGCCAAUAUACAAUCGUUAAAAAUUAAGCGUA